AUGGGGCAGACAGAUAUAGCCCUCAUACAGGAACCUUGGAUCCACAAGGAACGCGUAGGAGGGCUUAACACGGGGUGUGGCUCACUUCACUAUGAUGCCACAUCCACAAGGCCCAGGGCCUGCAUCUUCGUCAAAAAGGAAAUAGCGGCCCUGAAACUUAAUGAAUUCUGUACAGCUGAUCUUUCAGUGGUUAAGGUCAAACUUAACCUCGGUGGGAACAAGUCAGAGCUGGUGGUAUGCUCGGCGUACCUACCGUAUGACUCCGAGGAACCUCCACCCACGAGGGAACUCAGGGCUCUGAUAGAUCACUGUGCUGUCAAAGGUCUGCACCUGGUGAUAGGUUGCGAUGCUAACUCGCACCACACAGUAUGGGGCAGUACCAAUACCAACGGCAGAGGCACAGCACUGCUAGAGUACCUCGCCACCACGAGCAUGGAGAUCCUAAACAAAGGCUCCGCCCCCACCUUCAUCACCUCCCGUAGACAGGAGGUAAUUGACCUGACCCUGGGCACCACAAAGGUGGCACAGGUUGUCAAACACUGGCAAGUUCGAGACGAAAGCACGCUCUCGGACCACCGCCUAAUUACGUUCAACUUAAUGGGCGACAGAGAAGGCGGCACUGGUGAAGCAUACAGGAACCCAAAGGCCACCAACUGGGCACUCUACAGAGAGGGCCUAGAAGGGAGGCUUAAGGGGCACUGUCAGCGUCCCAGGACCGUAGGCGAAAUUGAGCAAGCGGUGAAGCACUUAAGCUCCGCCGUUACUCAAGCCUACGAGGAUGCCUGCCCUGUCAAAAUUGGAAGUAGUAACAAAAGGGUCCCCUGGUGGAACAAGAAAUUGGACCAAGCCAGAAAGGACACCCGUAGACUACUGUACAAAGCCAUGAAGGCAAAUACGAAGCCAGCCUGGGACAGUUACAAAAGGUCGCAGCAAGCUUACAAAAAGCUAAUAAGAACUAGCAAGAGGUCAGCCUGGAAGACCUUCUGCAAAGAAACCGAAGCUCUACCAGUAGUUGCCAGGUUAAGGAGGGUCUUCUCAACAGGCCCCUCACCGGGGUUGGAUCGUCUCAGACGCCCCGACGGAAGUCUGACGAACAACCACAAAGAGACAUUAGAACACCUCAUCCAGACACAUUUCCCAGAAUUGUAUUGA